UCUUCCCUUACACCGACUCACGACUCACUUCCCUAGGAAGAAGGACCACAUUCCCUAGAACUCCUUCCUUCCUCGAAACUCUACACUCUUCGUUAGAUUCACGCAUAGAUUUGCAGCUCUCUCUCUCUCUCUCUCUCUCUCUCUCUCUCUCUCCUAUCUUGCCAACUUUUCUCCGCCACCCGAGAAGCAAUCCCAGCUCCUGUCCAUCUUGAAGCAACCGCCACCGAAGUUCUUCGCUCUCCGGGGCUCCCAAGAACAAGCCAAGCUAAGGGAGCUCGUUGGCAGAUUCGUUUUCCUUUUCUUGAUUUCUCUCUGCUCUGCUCUGCUCUGCUUCUUUAAAUUUUCUCGAGUUUGGCAAGCGCACGAAACCAGCGCCCACCAUGAUCUCUUCAGUGCGGCAUGCAGCUUCGCCCUUCGCGUCCUCCGGUUUCUUGACCCAGAGACGCUCGGUUGCCAAGCCUCAGUUUUCGCCGAUGCCCAUCAUUAGAAAUGAGCGGCUGAGCCUGAACCAUUCGGUCUCUCCCCAGAAACCCGUGUACAUCUCCUCAAUCGAGACGUUCUCGCCAUUGGCGGCGAAACCCCAGAAGCGCAAGGUCGAGUGCAAUGCCUACGAAGCUGCCGAUAGGCCGCUUGAGAUCAACAUCGACCUCCCUGAUGAGCCGGCCCGGGCUGAGGCCGCUCAGCGGAUCAAGAUUGGUUUGUACUUUGCGACUUGGUGGGCUCUGAAUGUGGUGUUCAAUAUAUACAACAAGAAGGUUCUGAAUGCGUUCCCUUAUCCGUGGCUCACGUCCACGCUCUCGCUCGCUGCUGGUUCUUUGAUGAUGCUGAUUUCUUGGGCGACUAAAGUCGCCGAGACCCCAAAGGUUGAUCUUGAGUUUUGGAAGAUGCUAUUGCCGGUGACUGUGGCUCACACAAUUGGGCAUGUAGCAGCAACUGUGAGCAUGUCAAAAGUUGCAGUGUCCUUCACUCACAUCAUCAAGAGUGGAGAGCCUGCUUUCAGUGUCUUGGUCUCGAGGUUCUUGUUGGGGGACACAUUCCCAUUUUCAGUAUAUUUGUCUCUGUUGCCAAUCAUUGGAGGAUGUGCUCUUGCUGCCGUGACUGAGCUCAAUUUCAACAUGAUUGGAUUUAUGGGGGCUAUGAUCUCGAACUUGGCAUUUGUGUUUCGAAACAUCUUCUCGAAGAAAGGCAUGAAGGGGAAGUCGGUUAGCGGGAUGAACUAUUAUGCCUGUCUUUCUAUGUUGUCCCUUUUGAUCCUCACACCUUUUGCAAUUGCCGUGGAAGGCCCUCAGAUGUGGGCUGCUGGUUGGCAACAGGCCGUCUCACAGAUUGGACCCAAUUUUGUCUGGUGGGUCGUGGCCCAAAGUGUCUUCUACCACUUGUAUAACCAAGUUUCAUAUAUGUCCCUCGAUCAAAUCUCUCCCUUGACCUUUAGCAUCGGUAACACGAUGAAGCGGAUUUCCGUGAUCGUUUCGUCCAUCAUUAUCUUCCAUACGCCUGUCCAGCCUAUCAAUGCCCUUGGAGCUGCCAUUGCGAUACUGGGGACCUUCCUCUACUCUCAGGCUAAGCAAUGAAGGGGUGCAGAGAGACUUCGCAGUUACCACUCAGUAUAGACUGAGAAAACUACCGAGAGCAAAGGUGAAAUCAUACAAGUUGGAAGAGUUAGCAGCUACUGAUGGAUUUGACCAUCAUCUGAGAGUUACUGACUUGUGCCACUCCGAUAACCAAGCAUGCCCUCCUAAUGUGUCGAAAUAUCGUCCGCGAUCUUGUCUUAGUAGAUAAUUAGCCAGAGAAAAUAGUUUCCAUUUCCAUGUCUUUAAGAGCUGUACAGCUAUGAGUGAAAUAAAGUGUACGCGGAUGUCGAUUCCCAGUAUGAAAUUAGUAUGAUCGGUUUAUGUCCUCAACUUCAUGAUCUCUCAA